AGCGGCUCAUAACGCGAUAUGGACGGAAAGAAAAACAGGUGCAAACCACCGCGUUAUUGAGAAGCACGAGCUGGAAUCUUCAUCUGCGGGGAUGUUGGACCUGGGUGCGGGGUGGAACCUGUCGUUCGCCGGUUGCGGGUUUUUAGGGAUUUACCACCUCGGGGUGUCCAGCUGCCUCCUGGAGCGCGCGCCUUUCCUCGUCCACCGAGCCAACAAGAUUUACGGAGCCUCAGCUGGAGCUCUCAAUGCAGCUGUGCUCACCAGCGGUGUAUGUUUAGAAAAAUGUUGUGGGAACGUGAUCGACGUUGCUAAGGAGGCCCGGAAGCGCAACCUUGGCCCUCUGCAUCCCACGUUCAACCUAGUCAAAGUGAUGCGCUUGGGCCUUCAGCGAGACCUGCCUGAAGACGCACAUACACUCGUCAGCGGCAAACUGUGUGUGUCUCUCACACGCGUCAGUGAUGGGGAGAACGUGCUAGUCUCUGAGUUUAACUCCAAAGAUGAGCUCAUUCAGGCACUCAUCUGUAGCAGUUUCAUCCCUGUUUUUUGUGGUCUGUUCCCUCCUGCCUUCCGUGGAGUCAGGUAUGUUGAUGGUGGGAUGAGCAAUAAUCUGCCCCAGUCUGAGAUGAAGAACACCAUCUCCAUCUCACCAUUCUCUGGAGAAAGCGACAUUUGCCCCAAGGACAAUUCCAGUAGUUUCCACGAACUGCGUUUCACCAACACUAGCAUUCAGGUCAACUGGGGAAACGUCUGCAGGCUCAGCAAAGUGUUCUUCCCUCCCGAGCCUACGGUAAUGGCGGAGCUGUGUCAGCACGGGUAUAAAGAUGCUCUACGAUUCCUCGAGGACAACAAUCUGCUGCAAGCUGAAUGUCCAAAAGUAGAUCUGGCCCUGACGCAGGACAUGCCCACCUGCUGCUGUGUCACUGAGUCGACGCAGGAUUGGAUGCUGCGAAGACUCCACCUCCUGGGGGAGCACCACUGGUGGUUGGAUGAACACCUUGUCAAUUACCUUCCCGCACCCAUUAAGAAAGUGUUCUGUGAGGCGUGUAAAGAGAAGCAUGGCUUAAUGGCUCUGAUCACUGGUCUGUUGCCAGUACGUGUGGCUUCCUACAUGCUGAUGCCCUACACUCUGCCAGUAGAGUCGGCUUACUCGGCGGUCCAGAGGUUUGUGGAAUGGAUUCCAGAGGUGCCUGCUGACACACGCUGGCUUUUUGAGAUAGCAGGAAGCGUCUAUAGACAGGCCUGGAAAGGAGAAUCCUCAAAAGGUGGAUUUCCAUUGCGGCGCUGUGUGACUGGACCACCAUCACUGGACCUGCAGCCACCUGACAUGCAGCACAACAGACACGCCACUUUUUCUGCCGUUAAUUUGCGCGAAUACAGCUGGGAUUACUCGGGAAGCCCUGAAGACCCAGACAGUCCGUGUACAUCUCCUGAACAGAUCAACAUGUUUGUUGGCUCACAGGACAAUUACAAGAGCUGAACGCAAAUGGAAGUCUAAAAAUGUUGGCGUUUCAGACAUCAUAAAUGUGUGUGAGAGAGACGCGGAUUUAUGGUGGAGUUUUGGCACAAUAUCAAUUUUCUAUUCACCAUCUCUAACCAAUAACGCUGAUCUAAGCUCCCAAGUGCACUUAAAACUAGAGUACAUCAAAGUGUCCUGUGAAAUAAUCAACAAAUAUUAACAGAAUGGUAGCAAUUCAUGAUGGCUGUGACAUUUCUACAUGCAUUUCGAAAGAGAAAACAAGCAACAAAUUUUUAUCUCAACAGAAAUAAGAUGUUGGGUAAAAAGUGUUUUCUAAAUAUAUAAUUGAUUUCUGUGAAACCUAAGUAUAAUAAUAUGAUUAAAAAUAUAUAUCAAUUCAA